GUCUCCAGACAGGCAAAGGAAGUCUCAAUCACAGCUAGCUAGCUAGCAGGCUAACAUUGGUAUCUGUAGUUUUCUGAGCGAACGGUAUGGAUUCAUAUAAAUAAUCGUUUGAUUGAGACCCAGCCAUGUCUCAGCUGGAGAAGAAGGCGGGGCUUCUGAGAAGGACGUCCUCCUCUAAGAAACCCCUGAAGGAGAAAGUGGUGCUGAUGUAUGAUGAGAUCUUUGCGAAAGAGGAUCCAGCCAAGAACAACUCCCGUUUUUGGGAUGAACUCUUCCUCAUGAAGGUGAAUCUGGAGUACCUGGAGGCCAAGCUGGAGUCUCUGGAUGGAGAUGAGGUGAUGAAGAUUAAAGACAACAUCAACAGUCUGUUCCACCACUGUGUUCAGGCCCUGGCAGAGGAGCACCAGAUCAAAGUGGUCAAUGCCCUGCAGACUCUGUGUGCGUUGUUCCGUGGGGUUCACCAGAAGAACAAGUCAGCCUCAGGCUUCGACAUCAUCAACAUGCUCGUGGGCUUCGACAAGGCCGAGCUACGCAUGAAGGACCUGAUGGAGAGUUUAGACAGCCUGCUGUGUGGGGAGGGUUCAGAAAGUCUCAAGGCCCUGUGUCUCAAACUACUGCUGUGUUUGUCUGACACACACACACUGUCUGUAACAGACAACAUCAGUCAGAACACCAUCCUAGAGUAUGUUAUGAUCAACAGCAUCUUUGAGGCCAUUCUGCAGAUCCUAUCAGAUGUGUCCACUAGAGGACAACAUGGUUAUGAUGCUGUUGUCCUCCUGGCUCUGCUCGUCAACUACAGGAAGUACGAGUCUGUGAAUCCCUACAUUGUGAAGCUGUCCAUAGUGGAUGAUGAACCAACCCUAGAUGGAAUGGGUCUGGUGGUUGGCCAAGCCCUGACAGAAUAUAACAGACAGUACAAAGACAAAGAGGAGGAGAACCAUGGAGGAUUCUUCUCUACACUCACCAGUAUGGUGGGCAGUAUGUUCAUUGCAGAUGCAGAUGAGAAGCUCUCAGUACAGACCAAUGAGGCGAUUCUGCUGGCGCUGUACGAGGCCGUGCACCUCAACCGCAACUUCAUCACUGUUCUCGCUCAGAGUCACCCAGAGAUUGACAUCCCGACCACACCCAUCACCCCUGUUCCGACCACUCCCACGACGCCGCUUGGCACAACCCCGCUCUCUAUGGACAUGAUGAACUCUUCAGAACUUCUGGAUCCUAACCUUCAGACCAGUAACCUGCUCAUCACCUUCCUCAAGUACUCCUCCAUCGUCAUGCAGGACACCAAAGAUGUACACAGACUCAACAGUGCCAGACUCUGUACACCUGUCAUCAUAUGUCACCUGUAUAACGGAGGUAUGUACACCUGUGUGACGGAGGACCAGUAUGCUGAUGCCUUUCUCCAUGAUGACAACAUGAACUUCAGAGUCAAUCUACAUAGAAUGCCCAUGAGACACAGGAAGAAGGCAGCAGAGAAGAACGUCCCGUCCAGACCACUGGUGUGUGCUGUUCUAGAUCUUAUCUCUGAGUUCAUCGUCUCUCAUAUGAUGAAGGACUUUCCUAUGGAUCUCUACAUGCGUUGUGUACAGGUGAUCCACAAGCUGAUCUGCUACCAGAAGAAAUGCAGAAUCAGGUUACACUAUACCUGGAGAGAACUGUGGUCAGCUCUGAUCAACCUGUUGAAAUUCCUGCUGUCCAAUGAGACCGUUCUGUUGGCCAAGCACAACAUCUUUCACCUGGCUCUACUGGUGGUGAAUCUGUUCAACAUGUUUAUAACAUAUGGAGAUACGUUCCUGCCCACCUCCAACAGUUAUGAUGAACUUUACUAUGAGAUCGUCAGGAUGCACCAGAUCUUUGACAACCUCUACUGCAUGGUACUGAGAGUGUCCACCAACGCAGGCCAGUGGAAGGAGCCUGCCAGUAAAGUCACACACUCACUGGUCAACGUCAGGGCCAUUAUCAACCAUUUCAACCCCAAGAUUGAGUCCUACGCUGCAGUGAACCACAUCUCCCAGCUGUCUGAGGACCAGGUUAUUGAGGUGGUUCGGUCCAACUAUGACACGUUGACCCUGAAGCUGCAGGAUGGUCUGGACCAGUUUGAGAGAUACUCUGAACAACCCAAGGAGGCUGCCUUCUUUAAAGAACUGGUUCGCUCCAUCAGUCUGAAUGUGAGGAAGAAUGUGUCUCUGAACACACUGAGUCAGGACCUCCUGCUCAAAGAGUUCUCCACCAUCUCCUGAGAGACACGUGUAUAUUCCUCACCCCCCCUGACCCUAUCUGACUACACACACACUCCUCUAUCUGACUACACACACACCCCUCCCUCCUCACCCAUCCACACACCCCCCUCUCAAAGAGUUCUCCACCUUCUCCGGAGAGGGAGGGACACACAUCUCUCCUCCACUGCCCCACCUCUCUCUCUCCCCACCUGUCCUACACACACCACUCCUCCUCUGACUCAUCUCUCUCUCCCCACCUGUCCUACACACACCACUCCUCCACUGACUCACCUCUCUCUGCCCACCUGUCCUACACACACCACUCCUCCACUGACUCACCUCUCUCUCUGCCCACCUGUCCUACACACACCACUCCUCCACUGACUCACCUCUCUCUCUCCCCACCUGUCCUACACACACCACUCCUCCACUGACUCACCUCUCUCUCUCCCCACCUGUCCUACACACACCACUCCUCCACUGACUCACCUCUCUCUCUGCCCACCUGUCCUACACACACCACUCCUCCACUGACUCACCUCUCUCUCUGCCCACCUGUCCUACACACACCACUCCUCCACUGCCUCACCUCUCUCUCUGCCCACCUGCCCUACACACACCACUCCUCCUCUGACUCACCUCUCUCUCUCCCCACCUGUCCUACACACACCACUCCUCCUCUGACUCACCUCUCUCUCUCCCCACCUGUCCUACACACACCACUCCUCCUCUGACUCACCUCUCUCUCUCCCCACCUGUCCUACACACACCACUCCUCCUCUGACUCACCUCUCUCUCCCCACCUGUCCUACACACACCACUCCUCCUCUGCCUCACCUCUCUCUCUCCCCACCUGUCCUACACACACCACUCCUCCUCUGACUCAUCUCUCUCUCUGCCCACCUGUCCUACACACACCACUCCUCCUCUGACUCACCUCCAGAUACGGACGGACACACCGGCCAACUGAUCCCCACCACACACCAUACUACUCUGGGGUUGAUCUGGCUGACUGGUGGGGUUUGUCUGGAAGUCUGUACUAUACGCCAUGUGUGAGUGGUUUCAGUCUAAAGAGAUGUGUGUGUGUGUGUGAGCGCUAUUACUACAUUGUUUGUGUGUGUAUAUUGGCAGGACUGUUACCAGACUGAUCCAUGCAAAUAUCCAAUCUCCUUCCCAAAUUGCACCCUAUUCCCUAUAUAGUGUACUACGUCUGGUAGUGCACUAUAUCUUUUGUUAGUGCACUAUAGAGGGAAUAGGGUGCCGUUGUGGGAGGCUGUCGUUGUAACAUUGUAACAUCUGUUGUUAAACUGAUCCUUGGAUUGAUUGAAUGAUUUUUCUUCUUUGUUUUUGUUGUUGAAAAAAAAAACUUUUAGUUCUAAAAAUGUACAUUUGGUUGUUUGUUUUCUCUGCUCUGUUGGUUGGCCUUCCGUUACUAGGCAACCGAUCCAUCCAUGUCGUUUGACAUGAACGAACGAUCCGAGACAACCUGAGUUUGAUGAAUCAGACAUGGAAUUGAUUUUUCUCUCGGAUUCAGAAAAAAUAAGAAAAUGAAAGAAAUACAGACAAAAACAAGCAAAA